AUGAUGGGGAGCAGGGUGGCCGCGUCGCUGCUCCGCCGGGGCAGGGACCAGGCCUCCGCCCUGAUGACGAUCCCUCGCCUCCCGAGGAGCGCUCCAGCUCCGCCCCCCGCUCCUCCUAGGGUUGGAUCCGGCUCGUGCGGCGGGGGCGGCCGCCACCUCCCCCCGCCGCCACCCCCGCAAUCGACUGGCGGCUUAUUCGCCGCCUCCCGAGUUGCCUCGUACCACGCCUUCCGCUCUUUCGGCCCUAAGAGUUUUAUGGGCCAAUGCACACGGAAAAUGUCUACUACUGCAGCUGCACUGAAUUCAAAUAUGGCAAACGCAACAGCAAAUUCAGGACUGAAGCUGCUAGUUACCAAAGGGCCUCAAGCACAGAAGGCAGUUGGUAUAUGGCUCUUUGGAUGUGCUGCCUGGGUGUUCAGCAUGGUCAUACUUGGUGGAGUCACUCGGCUCACACGUUCGGGGCUGUCAAUGACUGACUGGAAGUUCGCCGGGGGCUUGCCUCCAAUGUCGGAAGAAGAGUGGCUACUGGAAUUUCAGAAAUACAAGCAGUCACCUGAGUACAUGAGGGUGAACAAAGGAAUGAACCUUGACGAUUUCAAAUUUAUAUACUGGAUGGAGUAUGCACACAGAAUGUGGGGAAGAGCUUUGGGCUUUGUAUUUGCUGUUCCUUUUGCAUACUUUGUUGCAAAAGGCUAUGUUACCCGCCAACUUGGCGUCAGGCUCUCUGCUCUUUUUGCACUUGGUGGUGCGCAAGGACUGAUUGGCUGGUGGAUGGUGAAAAGUGGUCUUGAGGAACCAGCAUCUGAGUAUGUUGAACCAAGAGUUAGCCCAUACAGGCUGGCAGCUCAUCUGACCUCUGCAUUUGUUAUAUAUUGUGGUAUAUUGUGGACUGCUCUUUCAGUAGUAAUGCCAGACCCUCCGGCUGAAUCAAUGAAAUGGGUAAAAGGGGCAGCAAAAUUUAGAAAGCUGGCAAUUCCUGCCAGUGCUGUUGUAGGCAUUACUGCCAUAUCUGGAGCGUUCGUUGCAGGGAAUGAUGCAGGGCGUGCAUACAAUACAUUUCCGAAGAUGGGUGACAGUUGGAUUCCAGAAGAUGUGUUCAGUAUGGAGCCUUUUAUACGUAAUUUCUUUGAAAAUACAUCUACUGUGCAGCUUAAUCACCGAAUUCUUGCUACAAGCACCUUAUUGUCUGUGAGUGCCUUAUGGCUGGCUGCAAAGAAAGUAGAUAUGCAUCCAGCGGUCAAAUCUCUGGUUGGAAGCACACUUGGGAUGGCUGCUCUUCAGGUUACAUUGGGAAUAUCCACACUUCUGAUGUAUGUUCCUACCUCUUUAGGCUCAGCUCAUCAAGCUGGGGCAUUGACACUACUGUCACUGAUGAUCCUUCUCACUCACACAUUAAGAAGACCAUCACCAGCUCUCUUGAAGUCACUUGCUUCUGCUGUGAAAUCAACCUGA